CGUCACCGUCCAUCCCUUCGGCGGCCGCUCAACGCCUGCCACUGCUAGCUCACGGCCCACGGCCCACGGAUAGAGUUGUGCUGCUUGCGUACGAGGUGGUCCGGACCGUGUCUCUAAAGCAGGAUUCGGCCCUGCUCGACGAGGGUCCCACUGGCAGUGUCGCGCAGUCGCGAAGCAGGAAACACCAUUGCGCACAUUGAAGACUUUCUAGAAAGACACUAUUCCGGUCGCGAGCGUGUCACAAGCAUGCCGCGCGCUAUAUCGAUUUUGUAAUUGCACAGCGCUGAACCCUGCAGCUGCCAGCAAACUCACCGGCGCACCUUGCAGCCAUGCCGGCUGUCUCUCAACCUCCGUCGAGUGCGCGACGCCCUGACAUGCACCCACAAGCACCACCCGCCAAACACAAACGCUUCGCCUCACUCUUGCGCCUGCCGUCCUCGUCCUCGCGCAAAGAGAAGGACAAGGAACCGCCCCCAGCCGCCUCGCCGCGCUCGCGACGCGCGACAACAAACCCCACCACACCCACCGCACCUGCCACGAACGCGCCCUCCGCGUCGCCGUCCUACUUCUCCCCGCAGCCCGGCGCGUCCGGCUCAGGCACUGACCUGCGCUCGCCUGGCAGCAAGCGCCCGCCCGCCUCAUUCAGUGGUCAUGGCAUAGACAACUCGCGUGGGCCGCCUGUCACUCUUAUCACGCGAGGUAACUCCGACUACGCACGCAAAAAGGCGCCCGCCACCACCCCGACCCAGCCGCAGCGCCAGCACUCGGGCCUGCCAACGCCCAUCGCAGGCCUGCAGCGGACGGGCACGCUCGCCGACGACGAUUCCGACACUUCGAGCGCAAGUGGAGUCACCGCGUCCAUCACCGCUGGCAAGCCGACGCUCUCGCGACAGAGCACAGUCACCAGCAUACGCUCCUCGCGCCACAUGGCCAUGUCGAGAGACGACGCCCCAGAAUUCGACGGCUCGCGCAGCGUGUAUGCUGCGCGGGGAACGAAGCGGAAUGUGUCGGGCACAGAGAGCGAGGAUCUCUUCAUGAACAUCGCCGAGGACACGGCGCCCAGGCUGCGCGCGCUCGAUGCCGCGGCACGGCACGACCGGCUGCGCUCACGCAUUGCCCGAGUCAAUGAGCGCCAUUCGAUACCCUCUGGCCCGCACUCGUCCUCGCCGGCACACGCCAUCUCCGCCUACAACACGCCAGCCGCGCGCCGCAUACCGUUUACGUCGUCCACAGACCCCAAAACAAGCGCAUUGCCUCGUCGAUCCACAGCCCUGCCCACGCCAUCCAGGGCAUCCUACCAGUCCCCACUGUCAUCAAACAGUCAGAAUGAGACGUAUCGUACACGCUUGCCUGAGCUGAACUCCAAGGCUUCAUUCACAUUUCGAAAAGACGCAGAGCUCACGCCAAGUGAGUUCCUUGCCUCAAUGCGUCGGCCAUCUGUCUCAGAAUCUCUGCAGACGCCUCCGAAGCGCGCAGCCACACAUCCUUACCGACCUUCGACUCUGAGCUACACACCCGUACGCAAGGAGCCAAGAACACCACAGUCAGAGUCGAGACAUGAGAUAUCGUCGCAUCACGACACUGAGUCGCAUGGCUCGACUGGCCCGGCAGCUUCAGUAUGGGAUGAAUUGGACGAGCUAAAGACCCGAAUUAAGAAAAUCGAGUUGGGAGGCGGCAAGACUCCUGCUACCUCGAACGCCGCAGUUGUACAGGCCUCAGCCGAACGUCCCCGGACCGCCAAUACAUCAGCGACGACUGUCUCCUCUUCCCCGCAUCAGCAGCGUAAGGCAAAUGCAUCGCCAUCAGAAUCGACCAUUGAUGCGCCGUCGAACAAAGUACAUCCAUUGCUGAGGGAUGCCUUGGCAAAGGCCAAGCAGCACACUAAUCAGUCGGUAUAUCGCACACUCGAGACAACAGCAACAGAAGCGAUUGCACUAGCGGAGAUGGCUGGGAGCACAGGCAUGCUGGGCUCGGCUGCAUCGGUCUACAGCGGUGCCGGAGCAGCUGACAGACAAGUGCGUCGGAAAGCUGACAACAUCUGUCGUAGCUUGACAGAGCUUUGUAUAGCACUGUGCGACACAAAGCUGAGUGUAGCAGGUUCUGCGAUGCGCUCGUCAGCCGCCGCAGUUGCACGCAGACCUAGUGUGCAGGUCAACGGCGAAUCGCCGAGAGCGGCACGGGAUAACGAAGAUACCGGAAGUGUCAUUUCAUUCUCGGGUGUUUCAGGUGUCUCGGGUGUUAGUCCCAGCCGAGCUCUUGAACGCAUCGAGGCACGCAGGACCAGCAUGCUUGCGGCUUCUACCAGCAAUCGUCCAUCCAGCCAGGACACCAAUAGCACAUCCGAUGCCAUUGCUGCCUCACGUGUACAACGAGCAGGCACCAGCCUCAACCGCACAAGGCGUCAAUCAGAUGCAGAUAUGGAUGACGACGAAGACGACACCCUGCGUGCGCCAUCCCGUGCAAUGACGGAUUUCAGGCAGCUGCGAAGUAUCGACACUAACACCAGCAACCAUACCAGUUUCAGUGCCAACAACAACAACAAUUUCGAAAAGAACAGACAUAGUAGAACCUACACGUCGCAAGAACCAAUGCCGGAGUUGCAACCAUCACCCAAGUUUCAGCCGUCAGGCCUUCGGCGACCAACUGUAACAGGUGUGCCCAACGAGAACAGCCUCCUGUUUAGAGACAGUCCUCGACGUUACAACUUUGACCGACAGAGCUCGCCGGCAGUCGAAAAGCAAACAGUCGGUGGCCUAAGAGAGAGACUCCAGCUUGGUGCAAACCGAGCCAACCUGAAUCGCAACUCGAUUGGUACCACUGUGGACUUAAGUCGCAGUAUGAGUCUAGGCAGAACGCGAAUGAGGGGUGCGAGUACUGGAGAGUGAGCAGAUGAAGAUUUGAUGCAUUUUGUUUGAGCGUUUCUGACGAUUGUAACGAUAUAUACCCAGGUCGUUGUCCGGAAGACACGUUAUGAUGCAGUAUUGCAGACGCACCGCACCGGUUCCGGAACGGUGCGUGACGGCAUUACGAGUCCAGCGUCGUCGAGUGUAGUCACGAUUAGUACAUGGAUGUAAACUUCGCAUCUGUUGAGAUUUGGAAGGCAUGUUACAGCGACAGGGUCUCCUACGAGAACCAUUCUAAAGGCGUAAAGGGAGCAUUCAAGCGCGCAUGAUGGCUGUUUAUGCAUCUUCAACGCAGCGCUGACGAAGCUACAUGUCUUUUGUACAGUAUUACCACGCGCGACGCACCUUCCGUUGCGGACGCGCGAUCAUUCAAAAUACAAGUUAUCAGCAA